CUCAAAGCUAAUAAGAAGUCCCCACAACUUCUCAUCGGCAAACCCCACAGAGAAAACCCAGAAAACCUCAAAACCAAAAUCACUCGGACAAUAAGAAGAGGAACCCAAAAUCCCCAGGAAAAAAUGGGCCGUCGGGAGGAAGAAGAGGAAGGGGGUGAAGAGUACUUGUUCAAGAUUGUCCUAAUCGGCGACUCGGCUGUCGGAAAAUCGAACCUUUUGACGAGAUUUUCUCGGGAUGAGUUUGACACGAACUCAAAGGCGACAAUCGGUGUUGAGUUUCAGACCCAGUUGGUCGAAAUCGAAGGAAAAGAGGUGAAAGCGCAGAUCUGGGACACUGCAGGUCAAGAGAGGUUUAGGGCUGUGACUUCUGCGUAUUACAGAGGUGCUUUUGGGGCUCUUAUUGUUUACGACAUUACCAGAAGAUCCACUUUCGAGAGUGUUAAACGAUGGCUUGAGGAGCUCAACACUCACUGUGAUACGGCGGUGGCGCAAAUGCUGGUGGGGAACAAAUGCGACUUGGAGAACAUAAGAGCUGUAAGCGUUGAAGAAGGGAAAUCUCUCGCAGAAGAAGAAGGUUUGUUCUUCAUGGAGACAUCGGCCCUCGACUCCACAAAUGUAGACAAAGCCUUCGAGAUCGUUAUAAAGGAGAUCUUCAACAAUGUCAGCCGGAAAAUCCUCAACUCUGACGCUUACAAGGCCGAGUUAUCAGUGAACCGAGUCAGUCUUGUCAACAAUGGGGACAGCACAAAACGUUCUUGUUGUUCCUGGUGACUGAUGUUCCUUGUUCACACCGCCCCUUACCAUGUUGUUCUUGAGUUUUCUUUUUUUCGGUUUUGUUCCGAACUCUGUACCAAUAUAUGAGCAGAGACAAGAUUCCAUAGUUUAAAUUCAUCAUAAA